CGCCUCACCGGACAACGGACAAGUCACACUUCCGCCCUCGUUCCUCUCUGUGUUCUGUUCGUCUCCUCUCCCCAUUUAGCAUUUAUCCCAUUUUGGGUAUUCAAAUCCCUAAUUUCUGUAAAUUGCAAGAGCUGAAGAAGGAAAUCUGGUCUGGGUUCUGGAUCUGUCUGGGAGGAAGCUGUAUCGAGAUCUUCAGAUUGAAGCUGAGGCGUUCUUACGAGGUGUAGUUAGGGCUUUUCUCGGGUGGGGACAAGAAGGUGAUUGACUGAUUGAUUGUGCGGUUAGAUGUUCGGCGGAUUGUAUGGAGACCUUCCUCCGCCGUCCAAGGCGGAAGAGGAAAAAACCCGUGCGAAUGCUUCCGCGGCGUGGUCGAGCUCCACUCUGAUGGCGCCACCAACACUGCGCAAACCUUCCACAGCCUUUGCGCCUCAGACAGUUCUUAAAUCAGCGAGCAAACUGAGGCAAAGCUCUUCUGCUCCCAAGGUAACCGUGGCGCCGUCGCCAGCUAUGGCUGUGAUCCCGACGUUGCAUCAUGAGGAGAUGGCGCAACCGGCACUCGUGGGAGUUCAGUCCGUGGUCAUUGAGGAGUAUGAUCCUGCAAGGCCCAACGAUUACGAAGAUUACAGGCGAGAGAAGAAGCGGAAGGCAUUGGAGGCGGAGAGGUUGAGGGAGCUGGAAAGGAGAAGACUAGAGGAUGAGGAGAGAGAGAGGAGGGAAAAGGAAGAGAGGGAGAGGGAUAGAGAAAGGGAUAGGGACAAGGCGAAGAACAUUUCCGGCGAGGAAGCUUGGAGGAGACGGGCGGCAAUGAGUGGUGCCGUGCCCAGGUCGCCGUCUCCACCUAGUACCGGGGACGGAUUUAGUAUUGGGAAAUCGGAAACAGUAGGGUUAGGCGUGGGUGCAGGUGGGCAAAUGACUGCUGCUCAGAGGAUGAUGGCUAAGAUGGGUUGGAAAGAAGGGCAAGGGCUUGGCAGGCAGGAGCAAGGAAUUACCACUCCGUUGAUGGCAAAGAAGACUGAUCGUCGAGGUGGAGUGAUUGUGAAUGCCAGUGAGACGAAGCAGUCAGAGAAGAAGGUGAAGAGUGUUAAUCUUAACGGACCUCCCACUAGGGUCUUAAUGCUUCGGAACAUGGUUGGGCCGGGAGAGGUGGAUGACGAGCUGGAGGAUGAAGUUGCUUCAGAGUGUGCAAAGUAUGGGACUGUCACAAAGGUUCUCAUUUUCGAGAUCACAGAACCAAGCUUUCCUCGACAUGAGGCUGUGCGGAUCUUUAUUCAGUUUGAGAGAUCAGAAGAAACAACGAAGGCAUUGGUAGAUCUGGAUGGCCGUUAUUUUGGUGGUAAUACAGUCAGGGCAUCAUUCUACGAAGAGGAGAAGUUCAACAAAAAUGAGUUAGCCCCAGUGCCUGGAGAGAUCCCGGGAUUUUGAUGAAUGUGUUCCUUUCGAGAUUUCGGCUUCAGCAAAAGAAGCUGUGAAAAGACAUUUCCCUUUUUAAUGGAGUUGAACUGCAAUGAUAGAAGUUUGAGAACGAUUGGUCGUGUUGUAAGUAGACUGAAGAAUGAAGAUGGUAGAUGGAGUCCGCUCCUUUGGUCAUCUGUAUGAACGCAGUACUGAUAUUCAAGUUUCUUUGUGCUUACAGACGACAAUCUGCAGGCAAUAAUUUGAGUAACUCAAC